CAAUUAAAAAAAUAUUUUAUCACUUUCACGUUUGUAUUAAGCUUCCAAAUGGGACCGACCCCAAGUCUUUAGCCCUUCCCGUUCAUGAAAUAUCCAUCGGGGAAACAAACGCAUUCGUGCUAAAAAUCCUUGGUAGACAAAAUUGCGGCACAACAAUUCGGUACGUAAACAUAGACUAGUACAUGUUUGCCAGCCGAUUACGGGUCAUAAUCAUAUUGUCACUUGGCGCAAUAACUCACUUAAUGUAUAUGUAUUUUAUAAUUACUUAUUAAUGUAUUUUCAUUUUAUUGUAAAUAGGCCAUCAAAAAGGCUGUAUGAAUCGGAUAGUGGCACUGAUGAGAAUGAGACAGACACAGAGAGUAGGCCACCACAAGUUAUUGACCAAGCAACAACGCCCAAACAGGCACAAAGCCUACUUUCAUCUCCGCCUCGCUUAUCUGCACAGGCAUUGAGAGAGGCCAGCAGUGAUGUGCAAAGUGCUUCUCCAAUACACCCUUCCGUGGGCAGAUUAUUGGGCCCACUGCUGUUACACAGAUUCUCCGAGUCUUGGAGACAAUGCGAGAGAAGAAUCGUGAAAUUAAGAGGAUGGUGCAGCGAAUGCUGUUAAGGUCAGCAGCAGAUGACCAACCGCUGCAUCUUCCGAAAGAUAUCUCAUUCCCUAUUCGUUAUCCUGAGCAGAUGGAAGCAUUCGAUGAGCUUCUGGGAGAUCAGACAAUGCUCUCAUCUGUGGUGCGGUUCCUCUCAAUGUUUGGUAUGGCAGAUGUACGGGAAACUGUUGACCGCUUGAUGAAAGAAACCAUGUCAAAUGAACUGGCAAGAAUGUACAAUAUGAAGUGGCUGAAGGGGAAGAAAAAGUUUGUGGGCCUCUAGAUACUGA